AGUGCGAUGAAUAAUAUAUUUCAGGGCUGAACUGGAUACCUGAGGGAAGGCGCUAAAUAAUGCAUUUCUGGGCUGUCACCACGGUAGCUGAAGGAGACGUUGGAACUAAGGACAAGCCGACAGCCUAAGAUGAAAGCAUGUCUCAUUAUCAUUUUAUCAAAUGCUGCUGUUUCCAGCUAUGUAACGUUUUCCGAUCCCAUGACAUGGAAAUUGACCAGUGCUUGCUGGAAUCACUCCCCCUCGGCCAGCGGCAGCGGUUGGUGAAGCGGAUGCGGUGCGAUCAAAUAAAAGCGUACUAUGAAUGGGAGAAGGCUUUUCUGAAGCAGGAAGGCUACGCCAAGAAGACAAAACAUAGAAGGAAGCACAGAGUUCAUUUCAGCCCCUCGGACAUGAUACAGGAUGCCAUUGUAUGCCAUGACGAUAAAGACGUUCUGCAGUUACUGAAAGAUGGUGUGGAUCCUCACAUAGUGAAUUCAUCGGGAAGUUCUUUACUUCAUCUGUGUGCCCGUUAUGACAAUGGAUUUGUCGCAGAAAUACUAAUUGAAAGAGGAGUUAAUGUCAAUCAUCAGGAUGAGGACUUGUGGACACCAUUGCAUGUAGCUUGUGCGUGUGAUAACCCUGACAUUGUUCUCCUCUUGUUGUUGGCUGGAGCUAAUGUGCUGCUGCAGGAUGUGAAUGGCAACAUUGCCCUCGACUAUGCGAUGGAAGGGACUGAAUCCAGUUGUAUCCUCCUGGCUUACCUGGAAGAAAAUGGUGUGGAACUAAAUUCUCUGUGCCAGAUGAAAACUCAGAAAUCUACAGUAAUGCUUGGUGAUGUCAGACAUCUCUUAUCAAGUGGAGGAACCGUGAAUCAGAAGAAUGACGAAGGAGUCACGUUGCUGCACAUCGCUUGUGCAAAUGGGUACAAGGAAGUUGCUUCUCUCAUUCUGGAUCAUGGUGCCAACGUCAACAUUGUGGACAAUCAGUAUUGGACACCUCUACAUUUAGCAGCAAAGUAUGGACAGGUGAGUAUUGUGAAACUCCUCCUGAUUCAUCGGGCCAACCCAAGCCUGCUCAACUGCAACGAUGACAAGCCUUCCGAUGUCGCUGCUUCAGAGUUCAUUGAAGAGAUGUUGCUGGAUGUGGAAGCCGUCUGGCAGGAAAAGAACAAGGAUUCCCUUGCAGCUUUACAGCAUGAAGGACCAUAUGAAGAGAUCAUCCAUCACCUGCCGACGCUCUCAAAUAAGCUCAACCCAUUGGCUUUGCCAAUUGCCAAACAAGACAGCUUACUGGAAAGAGACACCAUGUUCAAAGAUGUCGCUAAAGGUUCGUGGAAGCAGCAGCCACAAGAUAAUACCUCCGAAAGCACCAUGGUGAACAGCACGUCAAAACCUGAACAGGUGAAGCUAAUGCCUCCAGCGCCAAACGAUGACCUGGCUACUCUGAGCGAGUUGACAGACAGCAGUUUACUCUACGAGAUUCGGAAGCGCUUCAGUAACAAUCAGAUCUAUACCUACAUUGGAGAUAUCCUGCUGCUUGUCAAUCCCUUCAAAGAACUUCCCAUUUAUUCCCCCGUGGUCACCCAACUUUAUCUCAGCAACUCCAGGACGAUCAGCUCCUCUCUCCCACCACACAUCUUUGCCUGUGCAGAAAGGGCCUUUCACCUGCUUUUUCAGGAGAAGCGUCCCCAGUGCUUUAUCCUCAGUGGAGAAAGUGGUUCGGGCAAGACUGAAGCCUGCAAGCAAAUAGUAAGACACUUAACAUGCCGUUCCCAUUUUGGCCGGGGUACAUUUGAGUCAAAGAUGCAACAUGUAAACUGUAUUUUGGAGGCUUUUGGACAUGCCAAAUCACCCCUCAAUGAUUUAUCAAGCUGCUUUAUAAAAUACUUUGAAAUACAGUUCUGCGUGAAGAAAAAAACAUUAAGAGGAGCCAGGAUUUAUUCAUACAUGCUGGAGAAGUCUCGGGCUGUCACGCAACCUCCCAGACAGAGCAAUUUUCUCAUCUUCUACUGGUUGAUGGACAGCUUGUCCGCUGAGGAGAAGUACAGCCUGCGACUGAGUAAUUUAUCUGCACACAGGUAUCUGAAACAGACGGUGGUAGAGGAGAGCCCGGCAAUGGCAGCCACACAAAACAGAGAGAAAUUCACUGCCCUAAAGCAAGCAUUGAGUGCCUUGGGAUUCAAUAAUCGGGAAGUGGAGAAUCUGUUUGUCAUUCUCUCCGCCAUUCUGCAUCUCGGAGACAUCCGGUUUACAGCGUUGACAGAUGCUGAGACAGCACUGGUGUCGGACCUGAAGCUGCUGGAACAAGUUGCAGAAAUGCUGCAGGUGUCCCCGGACGACCUCGCCUCCGCCUUAACCACAGACGCACAAUAUUUUAAAGGUGACAUGAUAAUAAGAAGAUACACAAUUGAACUUGCAGAAUUUUACCGGGAUCUUUUGGCAAAGUCACUCUAUAGCCGCCUGUUUAGCUUUUUAGUGAACACCAUCAACUACUACCUCCAGAGCCAAGAAGGGCACAGCAGUGACCAGGUGCUUCCACUCGGAAUAUUGGAUAUCUUUGGUUUUCAAGAAUUCCCGGAGAACAAUUUUGAACAGCUGUGUGUCAACAUGACGAAUGAGAAACUUCACCAAUAUACCAAUGAAGUGCUUUUCCUACAGGAGCAAGCAGAUUGUAAACAAGAGGGGAUUGCCAUGGAAACAGCAUACGCUGCUACUAGCAACACAGAGAUCCUGGAUUUUUUCCUUCAGAAGCCUUCUGGGUUUUUGUCAAUGCUAGAUGAAGAGAGCCAGUCUUCCUGGUCAGGGGAAAAGAGUCUUUUGAAACGCCUCCAGUCCUACCUGGACACCUCCAGCGCCAAAACUGUUUAUUCCUCCACCAAAGAUGGCAAUGGCAAUAUCACCUCUAAAGAUCAAGGUCCUGCUUUCACUGUGAUGCAUUUUGCAGGGCGGGUCAGUUAUGAUGUUACUGGAGCUAUUAGUAAAAACAAAGAUUCUCUUUCUCAAAAUCUUCUGUGUGUUAUGAAAACUAGUGAAAACGUUGUCCUCCAUCAGCUCUUCCAGUCAAAGCCGACCCAGACGGGGUCCCUGGUCUCCCCGUACCAUCCUUUUAAGAUGAAAGGCUCCAAAGCUGCCUUAUUCAACAGUAAAAACUCAGGAGCAUUCACAAGCAGAGAGGCAAAGAAAUGCAUGGAAUUCAGUAAACUGCUAAGAAAGAAAGGGGCUUCCACAUUUCUCCAGCGUCUGGAACGAGGAGACCCCGUCACCGUGGCAAUGCAGCUGCGGAAAUCGCUUACGGAGAUCAUUGGGAAGCUUCAGAACUCUACUGCCCACACUGUUCAUUGCAUCAAGCCCAACCACUCCAAGCUGCCCGAUACAUUUGAUCAUUUUUACGUCUCUGCUCAGCUGCAAUACAUCGGAGUCUUAGAGAUGGUCAAAAUCAUACGUCAUGGAUACCCAAUUCGCCUCUUCUUCACUGACUUCUUAUUAAGAUACAAGGACUUAACUGACAUGAUGUUGGGUGAGAAGAAAAAGAUGUCUGCUGAGGAGAAAUGCCGAGCAGUUCUCCAGCAGAGCAACUUACAAGGAUGGCAGAUAGGAACCAAGAAAGUGUUUCUAAAAUACUGGCAAGCCAAACAGCUCAAUGAUUCGUCCUUUCAGCUGCGGAGGAAAAUUAUAACCUGUCAAAAAGUUAUCAGGGGAUUUCUCGCCCGGCAGCACUUGUUACACAAGAGGAACGUCAGGCAGCAAGAGGUCACCUCUGUCAAAAGCUUCCUGAGAGAGAUCGAAGACUACAGUUUAAAAGCUUACGAUAAUUUGGUCAUUCAGAACGCUUUCGAUAUCGCUCGGGAGAAUGACCGGAUCCGCAAGCAAAUGACUACAGUUUACUUUAAGGGAAAGUUCGAGAUUUACACCAAGCAGGAAGAAGAAGGCUUCAAAAGAGCCAGAGAACAAUGUGAAAAGCUGUCUGAAGAAAGCUGUGCUGGCUGUCGAGCCUCCAGGUAUCUCCCGCCCGGCUGGGUGCCCAUCCCUUUGCCAGUGGAGGGGCUGAUCCAGUCUAUGGUUGCAGCGUCGGUACGCUCUCCCUCCCUACAGUCGGCCCUCAGCAUAGAGGACAGCAGUGGCCUGCAGUCGCCACGGAAACAGCCUCCUCCUAAGCCAAAGAGGAACCCAAACACACGGCUCAGCGCAUCCUACGAAGCGGUCUGUGCCUGCUUGUCAGCAGCCAAUGAAGCGUUAAGCCGGCCACGGCCGCACAGCGAUGACUAUAGCACCAUGAAGAAGAUCCCUCCCAGGAAGCCAAAACGCAGCCCGAACACGAAGCUGAGCAGCUCCUAUGAAGAAAUCUCUGCCCCCAGACGUGGGGGCAUGAAGCCUUUGAAUGCAGCUGCCAAGCCAGGGGAAGGGCAUGACGUCUUGCUGAUCCAACGGACCUCCUCGGUGGACGGGCCCCAUCACACCAUGCUGAGCUUCUGUAGGUCACGGGCCGAGGAAGACCUUGAGCCCGUGUACAUCGAAAUGGUGGGGAAUGUGAGGAGGAAGCCUUCGGAAGAAGCGGCAGAACCUGACCCAGGAGAAUGUGUCUAUGAAGAGAUGAAAUACUUCCUGCCGGAAGAAGGCAGCGGCAGGAAAGGACCGGCUCAGGGAGCUGCGUGCCCUUCUCUGCUGUCGGAGAGCAACGCAGCGCUGGCAGCUGAAGAACUUGAUGCCAAUGGCCAUAAAGACUCUUGUGACAUUCCAGCACCCUUCCCCAACUUACUCACUCACAGGCCCCCCUUGCUGAUCUUUCCCCCUACCCCUGUCACCUGCUCGCCUGCUUCUGACGAAUCACCCCUGACGCCUCUGGAAGUGAAAAAGCUCCCUGUCUUAGGAACAAAUUUGAAGUAUCCCGGGCAGUCUGAAGGUUCGAGCCCCCUUUCCCCACAGUACCCUAAGAGCCAGAAGGGGGAGGCCGAAAGGCCCCCUUCCCCUGGAUUAGUGGUAUUUAAUAUUUCAAGCAAAGUGACGCCGCCCUCCAGCCCCCUUUCUCCUGCUCCUCCCCCUCUCCCCCCUUGCACGCCAUCUUCUGUGUCCCACCAACCUUCCACAAACAUGGCUUCUCUCCCAGAGACUUAUGCAACACUGGCUCAUCCAGGGAAAACAGAAACAAACUUGGAUACGACAACCAUACCUCAAAGACCAAACCCCAUUCCAGCAGGAAGUAACCCUUCCGCCGUCUCCAAGUUGCCUUACUCCCCAGUGAAGGUGCCAAGAGUUGAGCUGAAGAAACCAAACGCCAAUUCGUCCUCGCCACUUCUGCACAGCCCCACAAACGCGAGGCCCUUUCUCAGCCCGCUGGAUGAGCUGACUCUCUUAUUCAGUUCCGGACGGAGCGUGCUUCGGAAGACUGCGGUGGGGAGGAAGAUCAGAGACCUUGAAAGUAAUGAAGCCAAUCUGAACGUGACCAGCCGGGAAGGCUCCGUCCCAGUGGAAAACGGAUCAGAAACCCAAGAUAAGAAUGCCAACAACCCUGGGACCCCAGCCAUUAUGUCACUGUCUGGCUCUGUUGCUGCUGAAAAUGGAAAUUCAGUCCUGAAUGGUUUACCAGAAGCAAACAAGUAUUCAAGGCUGCCUAACAGCAGUGAGACGAGUUCGUCGACACACACGCACAGAGAGAGUCACACUACUCAGGUCAUCCAUCAGCUCCGCCUGUCGGAGAACGAGAGUGCUGCUCUACGGGAACUGCUGGACUGGCGCCGGAAGCUUUGCGAAGAGCCGGAGGAUUGGCCGGCCAUCCUGCACCAGACUCCACCCCCUUCCCCUUUCAGAAAGCCAAGUCUCUUGCAAAAGGCCGAGGAGACAUCCUGCAACCAGCUGUCUUCAGGGAUCUGGGACACCACCAUGUGAUCGC